AUGUCGAACAUCUAUAGCCUCGAGCCGCCCACGGAGGGCAAGGUGCUGCUCCGCACCACCGCGGGCGACGUGGAGAUCGAGCUGUGGGCGAGGGAGGCGCCCAAGGCGGUCCGGAAUUUCGUCCAGCUGUGCAUGGAGGGGUACUACGAUGGCGUGAUCUUCCACCGCGUCAUUCCGGGAUUCAUGGUCCAGGGGGGGGAUCCGACGGGCACGGGCGAGGGCGGCGCGUCGGUGUACGGCGCGCCGUUCCGCGACGAGCUGCACUCCCGCCUGCGCUUCACGCGGCGCGGCCUGGUCGCGUGCGCGAACCUGAACGAGCCGGACACGAACGGGUCGCAGUUCUUCUUCACGCUCGACAAGUGCCCGUGGCUCGACCGCAAGCACACCAUCUUCGGCAAGGUCGCGGGCGACACGAUCUACAACGUGGCCGCGAUGGGCGAGGUCGAGAUCGGCGAGGGCGACCGCCCGGUGCACCCGCCCAAGAUCACUGGCGCGGAGGUGCUCUGGAACCCGUUUCCGGACAUCAAGCCGCGGAUCGACAUGGCGCAGGUGCGCGAGGAGGACGAGCGGCGCGAGCGCGAGGAGAAGGAGGCGGUCGUGCGGGAGCUCAAGCAGAAGGCGAGGAGGCGCGGCGUCAACACAGCGCUCGUGUCGUUCGGCGACGAGAUGGACGACGACGGAGCAGCGCCGGCGCCGAAAGCGCGGCCGGUGCGUCCCCGCGGCUCCGAGGCGCGCGAGGCGCCCGCGGCGGAGCCCGUGCGGUCGGAGGACGCCGGCGACGGGGAGGCGCGCGAGAUGACGUACGACGAGAAGCUGCGAGCGAGCAUACGUGCCAAGUUGGCGAAAGCGGGGGGGGCCGCGGAUGCCGCCGCGGAGGACGCGGGGGCGCGCGAGGCGGCGCCUGCGGUGCCUGUGGAGGAGCGGGGGCGGGCAGAGGGCGGCGGCAGCAGGCGGGCGGGGGACGUGGACGAGCUGCUCAACACGAGUCAGCGAGCGAGGAAGGAGUUCCUGAGGCGCAAGAAGUCGAAGGGAGCCGGGCGCGAGAAGGACACGCUGGCGCGGCUGAGCCGCUUCACGUCGCGGUUGCAUGGCAGCGGGGCCGGCGCGGAGCGUGCGGGGGCCGCGGCUGCGGACGCGCCAGCGGACGUGCAGCGCCUGGACAUGCCUGCGCCGUGGCGGGUGGACGACUACCUGAACGAGGACGAGGACGGCGACGGCGACGUCGACGUGGCGGCGCUGCGGCAGCACAAGCUCGCGUUCGUGAAGACGAAGGGCGACAUGGACGCGCGGAACGACCCAGAGUCGCUGGAAGUGUUCGAUCCCCUGGAGGGCAUGCGGGGCAAGUUUGAGCGCGGGGGCAAGAAGCGGACGUUCAGCGCGCGGGAGCAGGGCGAGAAGAAGCGGCGGACCGAGUGGGGCCGGUCGGGGCACAAGGCGCUUUGA